UUAGAGAAUAAUGUUGAGCAAUCUAAGGCUUCUUCCUCCCCUGAGAAGAAUGCCCCUGAAACAGAUAAAUAUUCUUCUGAGGAGGGUAGAAGUUGUGAUGUGGGAAUUACUUCAGUAGGCCAAGAAUUGGAGGAUUCGUUAAAGACAGAGUUGUCAGUGCCCUUACUGCCCAUUGCUGUGCAGCAGUAUUUAGCACAACAGAUUGAAUCUGGAGAACUGGAGAUACCUGUAGACCUGACAAAUGAAUUCACAUCCCCACAAAAGCUUGUGGCAUGUUCUAGAAACCAAACUCCACAUAAGAGUAGGACUCCACUGAGCAAAAGGUCGCAAGAGAGUGACACUCCACUGAAGCAUUUUCAGCAGAUUGGAUUUACAACACCAAGUAAGAGACUGACCAAUGUUCAUCCUUUAAGGAAGACUUCACCUCUCAGGAAACAAAGUCCAAGACAGAAAAAUCCUAGACCUCAACCUUUGACUGGUUCACCUCAUUUGCAGAAAAGAAUUUCACAACACAGAACACCAGACAGAAAUAUUUUUAGGACACUAUCAACUAAAAUUGGGUGCUAUGGUGCUUUGUCUAGAAGCAACUCCCCAGUAUUUUCUCCACCAAAAUCAGCCUCAAGUCCUAGAGAAUCCAAUAUGCAUGUAGAGAGAAGAUAUACUCAGAUGUCUCCUUUACAGAAUUCAGUUGCCAAGAGUCAGAGAAGGCAUGAAGUGGGGGAUCAAGUGGUUCAGCCAAAGAACCGUUCUUUUCAGUUUGGUUUGACAGAAGUAGAAGCAGGGAUUAGUCAGUCUAAGAAGACAUCCAUCGUGACCCAGAGUGACAAUGCAAUAGAAAAAGUACUUUCAAAUGCCAAUUCAGAUGACAUCAGCAUCUUUACUUGCUCCUCUUCUUCGGAUUCAGAAAUAGACUCAGAUUGUCCACUGAUUGAAAUAGUGCGAAAGAAGAACAAGAAAAAAACCACCCUCACAGUCUCAUUGGAAACUGUCAGUAAGUCGCAUCACAAGCCAAGUUUUAGAUCUGCUCAUCGCCAGUGCAAACAGCAACUUCCACCUAAAAAGCAAAAGCAAAUAAUAAAAGCAAAAAAUUACAAACGUGCAAAAAUCCAAGAAAUUUCUAGAAAGAAAACUAAAGCAUCUUCAGCUUUUGUGAGCAGACAAAAGAGACAAGCCAUUUCCUGUAAAAAGAAUGGUAGUAAGUUUAAAAAAUUGAGUGGUUUGUCCUCACUUAGCGAUAAAGUGGAUGGAUUGUGCUCAUCUAGUGACCGAGUAAGCAUAUCAAAAAACAAAUCAAGCAAUGCACCAUCCAGUAGUCAUACCUAUGGAGAUGGAGUCACUCAAGCUAGAGCAGUAAGAACUAGUCCUAGAAAGAAACCAGCUAAUUUAAUUGUGGAAGCUGUUACACUACCUGACACCAGUGCACAGAUUGUUGAGUUACGCAGAAGAGUAAGGACACCUCAGAACAGCACAAAUAAACAAGAGAGUAAGAGAAGUAACUCAGCUGCUAAGGCUCAAAGCCAGAUGUCAAAGUCCUCCUUUGUCCGUUCUCCAAGAAAAGAAAGAAACCAUAAAAUUAGCAGUGAGACAGUGUUGCCAACCAGGCACCUGGUUGCGUCCACAACUGAUUGUGAGGAUGCAUGCAAAAUUGUAAACAGUACGGCUUUGGCUGCUGUCUGUGAGAGUGCUGGGGAUGAAGAUGUUUUACUGCAACAUGGAGAGAAUAGUGUACAGCAGGUGGAAACACUGACAGCAGAAAAGAGUCAGUCACAGACACUCUCUGCUUUUUGUCAUCAAGAACAACUGAAAAAGAGGGUUGAGAAGCAUGGACCUGUUCGUCGAGUGAGACCUAUCACACUUUCUUUGAAUGCUCAAAAUAGUUCUGAAGCAAAGCAGUUUCUGGGUUGUAGCUUUACUUCCAAUAGAGAGCCAGCUGGAGUAGAAAUUCAAAAGCAGGGACCAUUGCGCCGCAUCAAGCCAAUAACUUUGUCACGAACAACUAGUCAAUUUUCUGGUUUGUCUGCUGCAAACAAGGGAACUCGGUAUCCUUUUCAUUCUAUGUUUGAUGUGGGUCCCAUCCACUCUCCUUCUACUUUGACAGUUCCAUCACCUGUCGUACCUUUGACACCAGUCUCUCCUUCUGCAUAUAGUUCAGAUCAGUCCAGGUAUCAUCACAAUCAGGAGAUUCCUCUCAUUUGUGAUAAUAAUGACCGCAAAGCAAUCAGACAAAAGUCCCAGCCAGAACACCAUGUGUCAGGACCACAUGAAAGCUCCACACCUGAUGCCCAGGAAAGAUGUAAUGAUGCACAAGAGUGCCGCAGAUUAGAAAAUGGAGAUGAAGAGGGUCUGGAUGAAACAGAAGCAGCAGUUAAAGCGCUUCAAAGUUUGGCAGAGAUUGGCAGCUCUUCUACUGAUAAUUCUAUCAGUGGCUCUGUCUUGAAACCGAGCAACUCUGAGCCUCAUGGAGGUGGACCCGUGAUGGUGAAUUCUGACACCUGUGAUUUAACACUUCCAGAUCUUAACUUCACCCACUGUGCAGAGUUUCCUCCCAACCCACACUCACCUGUCACACAAGGGGGUAUGGAAACCUUGGUCACUCCUCCCUUCAAGAAAAAUGCAGCCUCCAGAACUUGUACACCUUCACCAAUUCAUACAAGCAGAACAACUGUAGGUAAGAUCCAAGUCCUGGCAGAAGAUUCUGCAAGAUACACAAGUGAACAGGCCCAGGAUAGACCACUGGAGGAGACAGAAGUUUAUGAUGUGACCUUUUCACCUGGUAAAACUAAUAUACUGCUAGUAAAUCCUCAGCCAUUGCAGGGUGUUUUGAUGCAAGGGCAACAGAAUACGUCUGUCCCCUGUGAGCAGUGCAGAUGAGGAGAGAAAGGAAGUUGGCGAAGGUGUC